GACAGGACCGGAUUGCCCGAGCUCGGCGUCAUUCAAACAUUUCCUGAUCUCAAUCAGCCGAUCUGUACUUGUGUUGAAAAACACCAACACCGUCGAUAACGGUGUGGACCGGCUGGUGGCACAGAUACGCGACGCUAGGCUCGUUAAAGUUUGGUGUUUUUGCUAUGGCAGAUGACAGGACGGUUGCAGGGGAACGCGCUUAGCUGAUGCAUCAUCAUCAAAUGCAGUCAGAUCUGAAGUCUGGCUGGCCCUCGACUUGUAACUCGGGAACUAAUAACGCGAACUGGAAUAACACAAUGGACGCUCCUCAGUAUCCAGGCUACCCUUCACACUACUGGUAUCCUCAGUCUCAUUCCACAGGGCACUAUGCAAAUACCUAUCCCUCGGGAUCAGAUGUUCAGCCACAGUACAAUCCACAGGUAAUGCCUGGAGGUUAUCCUAACGGACAUGGUGUCUACAGCCCAGCGCAGAGUCAGUAUUCAACAAGUGGUUUCCACCCAUCCAACCCUUUCUACUGUGCUGACCCUCAGAGACCAGCUCCAGGUCCUUAUCCUAACCAGGGCUGUCCAGCUGAGCAGAGCAGUGGGCCGUCCAGCCAGCCACACUCUCAGCACCAACAUCAUCACUAUCCUGGUCCACACUGUCAAGGGGCUCCCGGAUAUCCUCCUGGACCGUACCCUCACUAUAAUGAAGGUGGUCAUGCGAUGCCUCCAAACCCCCCAUACCCCAGUGGCCAGUCUCUCCAUCCCAAUCCUCAGGCGGACGCGUGGGCACACUCUGGUGCGUAUGCACCCUCACAGCAACAAUGGCAGCCGGGCCAACAGCCUCCACAAAGCCACUAUGGAAAUCCUGUCCGUCCACCACAUCCCCCAGCGUGGCCAGGGACCGGAACUGGUGCUCCACCACCUUACCAACCCAAGGACCAACAGCACCAACGUGCCCCACAAGUCGGACCGAAACCCAGGCCGACUCCAUCCCCAAAUCCCCCUAAUGGAAAGCCCGCAGAAAUAAGCUCACCCCCCCAAAUGUAUAACAAAACUGGGAGAGGUGAGCCUAAUCCUUCACAAGGUGAGCCCCCACCCUCUGCCCCGGCCCAGGCUCCAGGUCCAGCUCCAGGCCAGGUUGGACCGCAGCCCCUGAGCGAUAACCCCGGCCUCGCUAAGGUCCAGCAGGUCAUGGCCAGAGUGCUGCUGCUCCAGGAAGAUGUCGAUGAGUUUGUUGGCAAAAAGACAGACAAGAGUUACAGGUGUCUGGAGGAACUGCUGACCAAAGAGCUGCUGGAGCUGGACUCUGUGGAGACUCAGGGACAGGAGAACGUCCGGCAAGCCCGAAAGGAGGCUGUGCAGAGGAUUCAGGCCAUUCUGGACCAGCUGGAGAAGAAGGCCUUCUGAAAGUGGACUUAUUUAUCAGUUUGUGGGUCACUAAGUCUUGUUUUCUUCUUCCAGAUCUUCCAUGGACACAGUGAGGGUCUAGUCUUGUUCUUCAGAGCUGUGUUAUCUUGAAGUACAUGACACGGACCUAAGAACAAGAGCAAUUAAUGGUACAUGGAAUCAACCUUUUCAAUCCUAAUUAUGAGGGUAUUAGAAGUUCAGACUGAUGUUUGUACAUAUCUUAAGACUUUCAGCCUCAGUGAGUGACUGUGUCUGUCAACACACCCUUACACUGUUGCGCAGCUUAUCUUUUAUGUCAUGCCUUUGCCAGCAUAAUGCAGGGCAGAGUCACUGGAAGAUGGAUUUAUUUAGUGCCACAUUGCAACUGUUAGUGGUCUCUAAUCUGUGAUACAGGUUCAGAUUAUUAUCAUGCUGUCCCUCAGGAUUGUGGGUCGGCUCUAGUCUGAUCCUACAUCUAACAACGUGCACUUCCUUAAGCUGUCUAUUAUUACGUUUCACAGACCAUUUGCAUGAUCAUGAUAUUGUCCUCACCCCCGAUGGGGGUCCAUGCACUUGGUUGCCCAUACUUGCUUCUUUAUGUCUGCAGGAGUAGGUGCAAUGCUCUCCUUUUCAAUUGUGCUCCCAAGUCCCGCAUGCAUUGUAAUGUCAUAUUAGCACUAAAUACAGUCAUGACAUCUUCAAGCUCAUAAUUGGUAAUUGGUGUAGCAGAUUAGUGAAAAUCCCCCAAAGAUUACUGUCCCCAUUUUUCCAUCUUUUGAAUGAAAUUGCUUCCUAAAUGCGGACCUAGAAUCAGACCUACUUAUGAAUGCCAUGUAUUUCACUCUAUGAACUACUGUUAUUACAGAUAUAUAAGGAAAUGGUUAAGAAUUACUUGAAAAGCUCUUAAAUUGUGUUCUUUCUCUCCCUUUUUGAACACUUAGAAUAUCCAUAGGACUAAGCAAGUAUUUGUAUUUUCAGAGGUGAGUGUUCAAUCAGGUGCUUUUAAAGAAUAUAGAAAAAGAUGUAACUUGUCAUGUUUUCAAUAAUGUUUUGUGCUUAAGGACAAUGUUGGUCACAGCAAAUCAAUCAAAUGUUUAGUUUGAUCUUGUUUCUGUUUUUUCUCCAGCACUAAUAUCCUCAUUAUAUCAAAUCCAGAUUUGUACCACAGUCCAUUUUCUUUGUGUGAAGCAAGUCUUUUUUUCCCAAUCAGUCCUGAUGUGUUGAUUUAGAAAAAAAGAGUGCCAUAUUUCAGGGGAUGGUUUUAUAUGAUGAGAAAAAAGAAUAAUAAAAUAAGAUUACAAGCUUUGCAUGAAAAAAAAUCAUCUGUCACAUGUGUUCAUUUUCCUGUGCUGUUAUGUUUCUGUUUGGGUGGAGCACAACUGUACAGUUUCAGAUGUAAUGCAUGUUUCCAACACAAGGUGGGAAUCUUUGCCUGAUAAAUACUGAAGUUAUCAUAAGCAAGAAAAAAAACAGAGAAGUAAUUAAAUGUCAGUAUAUUUUCUAA